AUGUGGAGGGACUACCUGGGGCUGGCCGCCGUGCUGGCCACGCUGCCACAAGAGCGCGAGGACGCCGGUGACGGCGAAGAGGCAGCGGCAUCGCCCAUCGCGCCGGAGGCGGCAUCGGCGUCCCCCGGCAAAUCCCUCUGCGCCUUCUGCAAGCACAAUGGGGAGGCGAAGCACGUCUACAGCGGGCACAACCUGCGAGACGCGGGGGGCCGGGUGCAGUGCCCCGUCCUGCGCAGCUACGUCUGCCCACAGUGCGGGGCCACGCAAGACCGGGCCCACACCAAACGCUUCUGCCCCCUCACCCGCCAUGGCUACACCUCGGUCUACAGCCACUCGGCGCGCAACUCCGCCGGCAAGCGGGUCACAGGUGGCCGUAGCGCGGCGGGCAGUGCCAAGAAGUAG